CGGCCAUAUCCAACCUGCGAUAUAAGCGCGUAUAACCUCUCGCGCAAUCCUGCAAAUCUUACUCUCAAAACACUGUCUAUUGUCAUCUGAAAAAACGUGCGGUUUUAGUGAAGUAGACGCAAGUAGACGUUGAUGUCGAUGCCACGUCUCACGAGCAAUUGAAGACGACGUUAAAGAGGAAUCGGACGGUGAUCAGGUACGCGAAAUCAGUCGAUAGGAGGAAAAUCCGUGACGAUCCGAGUCGACGAUUGUUCGCCGAUCAACCGCGCACGAUGCCUAUAAAGUUGAUCGGUCGCACGACAGAUUUUAAGGGGAAGCCCUUGUGGGAGAUCCUGGGAAACCUGAAGAACUUCGGCGUCGGCAGGCUCGUGAUAAGGAAUCGCUUUCAAAGGUAUCCCGAGCCCUGUUACAUGAGGAUACUAAAGGUCGCCGGGAUGCCCUUGCCCACGGAACCCUAUACCGAUCGCAAGGUCAUGGUGCUGGUCGAGCGGGUUUUUCGUGGCCACAAAAACUCGAAGCCGGUACAGCUGGACAGCGCGACUUACAAGGCCGAUUACCAGCUGGUACCUAAGGAUCAGGAGCACCUGUACCUUAAUAACACGAAGGUACCGGAGAUGAGAAUCCUACCCAGGACAACGAACCUUCCACCGCUAUUCUCGCAGAUGGUAAUACGCCAGAUGAAGGAGAAAGGUGAGAUGGCACCUGCAGAACCACAAUUAACACUUCUAUAUAACCUCGAGGGAGCGAGCUUUAAGAACUACAGAGUAGCCGAGGAGUGUGAAAUCCCAACAGUGAAACUGAACUUUAAGGUGGAUGAGUCUAGUGUUUUUUUCCCAAAACCUAAAGAAGAGAAACCCUCAGCAGCCUUGUGAGAUUUUACAUUUAAUGUUUGUAUGUAGUUGUUAAGAAUAAAUAUUUUAUAAAUUAUUCCUGAA